CAGUUAUAAAAAGGAGUUGAGGGACAACGGUUGUGCAAAAGAAAAUAACUCUUUCACAAGAAGGCAAAAAUAAAAUAAAUAAUAAUUUUCAUUACAUAUAUUUUUUUUUUUGUUUUUAAUCAAAUAAAUAUAUUCAAAAACAAUAAUGAGCUUCCAUAUUGCGUUUGUGUCCAUUGUAACGGUACUUGUAUUCAAUUUGAAUUGUCUCGUCGUUUGCCAUGAUCGUGAUAAGCAAUAUAAUCGAACCACCAUAUUCACCUUCCAAGAUGUAAAAUAUUGUGCUAAAAAUGAAUUUUACGAUUUGAAUUAUUUUCGUUGUGUCCCCUGCAAGAUGUUGGGUGAAAAUUUGCAACCAUCCGUCGAUAAAUUUUCCUGCUCCUGCAGCAUGUCAAAUCUCUCGCCAACUGUUGCAACAAUUCACGAUACGGUCAAAGCGUAUAGAACUUGUGGAAAUAUUUGCAAUAACACACAGCGCACAAAACCCACCAAGAAUAUCACCCUACUAAGCCCACAAUAUUGCCAAACGGAUCAGGAAAUGCUUCCAAAACUCAAUUGCCGAUAUAAAUACAUUAAUCGUACGCGAACUUCAGCAGCUGUAGAUUUUUCAAAAUCUAUUGAAAUUACAAAUUUAAAUUGGCAAUAUGAUGGCUUGUGCGAUAAAUGUGAUUUGGAGUAUAAUUUCCAAUAUCAAGGCUAUUGCAUAGCAAAUGGUCUGCUGAGACCGUAUCUGAAUUACAACUCAUUUUGGCAAGCAAGCAGUACCCAACAUUUUGGAAAUUUGAAAUUUGUGGCAUUCUUUUGCAUGGCUCUCAACAAUCAAACGGCGUGCAAUCAAUUGGCGAAUUUGUGUAUUCUUUCGUUCUAUUCCUUCGACAAGAAUUCACCAUGUAGUAAGUUUCUUUUAUCCCAAGCAUCCGAUGUGGUCUAUCGCUAUGGCAGUGCUGACGAGCAAAUGGCCCAUUUGCAAAUCAAACCAUUUUUGUACUAUCGCAAAGGCAAGGAAAUUGCGAAGGAAUUAAGGGAACCAAUUCGAGAUAUUCGUUUUAGUUUGGACGCUAAAAGUGAGGAUAAUCGUUUGAAUUUUUUCACUGUUUCGUAUGCCCUCGAUGGUACACUACAGAGAUGGGGACCUUUACGAUUUCAAGAUUUACUUUUGUGCCCUUUUUAUAAAAACUCCUGGAUACUGAGUGAAAAUUCAAUUAGAUUUGCUCAAAAAUAUGAUAAAAUCGAAUGUGAUCUAACUUUGGAGCACAUUUUGGACAUGGCAAGAAUGUUUGGCAAUCAACGUUUUAUGAGCAUCUUUUUAAAUUAUUCCAACAUUGAUGAGUCACAUAGAAUGAUGUUGCAUACAAUACCAAUAUUGAUUGAGGAUAUAACUCUGGAAAAUAAGCGCCCCCAAAAAGAAGACUGGCAAUUGGUCAAACGGUUUCAAAUGAUUGAAACUCACAGAAGUCAUGGUUCCAUAACAUCAAAGAUAUCAGCCAUCUAUGAAGAUGCUCACAAACUGUUGCUCUAUCGUUCGUUGCGUUAUGUGGAAAAGUUAGAGUUACAUUACGACAUACACGAUGACAAUCGUAUUUCCAUACCCAUAUUAAAGUUGAGAUAUCGCCACAUUGAAUUCACGAACAAUACCACACUGGAUAUGCCACUGAAAUUUCAAUUUAUCAUAAGCAAUCGGCGUAUUGAGAAGGGAGCCGGCGGUAGUAAUGGUGAAUUGGCAAAUGAAAUUAUUUUGCCCAUACUUUUACUGCUGGCUGUGGUUGCGGCCCUCAUUCGUGCCCGAAAUAUUCGUAAAAGGCAAUAUCUGGCUCCGAACAAUGAAGACUUUUGCCACUUUGCAUAUUUUACAGAAUUUCUUUUACAUUUGAUAUCCUAUAUGGCACUAGUGUUUUUGUUGUGUUAUCUUCUUUGUGUAAUCAUCAACUCUCUGACUUAUUUAAACCAAACUACAGUGGAACUAACCGUACCCAUUGUCAAAGACCAACGCUCUUUGGAAGUAAUAGUUUAUGCUGCAUUGGUUCUAAAGUUGAUAUUCGUGGCCAUUUACUUUUGGCGUUUAUCACAUUUCAACAUCUUCUUUAUUGACUGGGAACGUCCACGUUGUGGUGAUACCAAUCAUUUCAACUUGAAAAACAAUCUUGAAACGUCUUCCGUUUGCUCAAGUGUGCGCACCUACAUCAGUGAGACAAAUGUCUCAGCAUGGCGUAGCAUAUUCCUGGCCAACGAAUGGUUGCAUUUGAGCGGCAAACAAAAGACAUCAACAUUGGUGCAAGGCAUAGCCACCUAUACAAUAGUGAAGAUUUCCAAUUUGAUCAAUCAUUCCCAAGAUGACAUUACCUUGGAGAUAUUCUAUAUCACUCUCAUCUAUUCGGGUGUUUAUAUCCUACAAUAUUUUCUCAAACCAAUGAUUUUGCCACACAUUUUUGGCAAUAGUUUGCAAAAAUUCACCGAACAUUGUUCAUUGGCUAACAUAUCAGUAUUUGUGUUGAAGGAGCCUUCCUAUGGCUAUUACAUACAUGGUCGUUCCCCGCAUGGUUUUGCUGACUCGGAUAUGACCACGAUGAUAAUGCAAUUACAACGUGAAACACAAAGUUUAUGUGGACGCCGUGGUUUACUCAGCGAUACCGAUCAGUGUUAUAUUAUAAUGCCACCGAAGAAUUUAAAUAAUUAUUUUGAUAAAUUACUGCUGCCAUAUCAACGUUCGUUUACCGCCAAUACUGGUGUGGGAGGGAAUUCUACAAAUUAUCCCAAGGAAUUGAAUACAAUAGAAGGUUCACUGGAGAAAACAUCGAUUGCAUUUAGCAGUGUAAAUCGUUUCUUUUGUGCUUUCAUUGAUCAUGGUAUUAAAGACAUGGAUUAUAUUAUUAAGGAAAAAACUUUUGUGGAAAGUCUAUUCAAUUGUGAAUUGGAUAAUUAUUUAACAGAUCAAAAGGGCACCUUCUACAUUGACAAAAAUCUGUCGUUUAGUCAAAUGUUUCUCUAUGGCAAUGAACUGCAAAUAUUUGUGGUGCAAUUUCUCUUGUUUUUGGCUGUAUAUUUGAUGUUUCAUUCUGUGUUGGCUGCUGCUAUUGUAAUUUAUUCGUUUAAUAAGAUAUUGCAAAUGAUUUUUGUGAGUUUCGUUAAGGAGAAUGUCUCUGUGAAGACAUUAAUUGACAAGCGGUUUUUAAUGUGAAACUUUGCGGAAGAUAUAUAAUUCCAUAAUUGUUCAGUUCUUUUAAUAAAACAUUGUAUGUGUUUAAAAUAAUUUAAUAUAAUAAAUUUAAUAUAAAAGUUAA